AUGACAAAUAAUAGAGUUUGCUGGAUCUCCACCUCGCUCGAAAACGGCAACGGAAUUAGUUUCGACUCCAAACUAUCGGACCCGGUGUCUGUCAGUGACAAACGGCUGUUCAUCGGACUGAUGGCUGCGGGGACCGUAUUAGCAGAAGACACUGGCGAAAGCAGCGGCGACUGUAGCGGCACUUGCGAUGCCGCAGCUUUGGCUUUAGUGUCAGCCCCGACAGAUGCCAUUUUGGACAACACACUAGGAACAAUGUACCCGAGACGAACACUCUUGUCUAUAGAUGCGUGGAACUCUAGAUUCCCCAGCACCUCGUUCGCCUUGGCGCUACCAAACGCGAAAAGCUUCUUCUUUGGCACCAAUGAAAUGCUCACACUGUUCUGGUACGCAGCCGGUGAUUCCAGCACCGGCUGCUCGCCAGACAGGUUGAGCUCGACUUUCUUGAGGCGGUGUAUCUCCGAGCUCAGCUCAUCCGCCUCGCGAUUGUCUUUCACACCAAUCCCUUGGAGGUCCUUGAUGCUUUUCAGUUUAUCAAUGGCCUUUUGA